CGAGUGCGCGCAGAGGCGGCGGCGGCGCGCACGGGACGGUGUGUGUGUGUGUGAGGAAGACACCGGGGCAGGGGAAGCGGCUGCGCUGGGCUCCGGGAAGACGCUGCCGAGCAGGAGGCGCCGCCCCGGGUCCCCCCCGCCCCGCGUUAUCACUGAGCAGGAGGGAAAGCGCCGGGCGCGCCCGGGGACUGGGAGAAGAACAAUCCAAUAGCGAGGAGCGCCCCCCCCGCAGCAGGAGACCCCCCCCCGCGGCGGAGAGGCCCCGGCACCGAGCGCCCCGGGGCAGCGGCGGAGGAUGUCGGGCGGCGGCAGCCGGGAGGAGGAGCGGCGCAAACUCGCCGAUAUCAUCAACCACUGGAACGCGACCCGGCUGGACCUGUUCGAGAUCAGCCCCACCGAGGAUCUGGAGUUUCAUGGAGUAAUGAGAUUUUAUUUUCAAGACAAAGCAGCUGGAAACUUUGCAACAAAAUGUAUUCGUGUUUCUAGCACUGCCACAACGCAAGAUGUAAUAGAAACCCUUGCAGAGAAAUUCCGACCAGAUAUGCGAAUGUUGUCAUCUCCUAAAUACUCACUUUAUGAAGUGCACGUCAGUGGAGAAAGAAGAUUAGAUAUAGAUGAGAAGCCUCUUGUUGUACAGUUAAAUUGGAACAAGGAUGACCGAGAGGGGAGGUUUGUUCUCAAGAAUGAAAAUGAUACACUUCCUCCAAAGAAGGCUCAGAGCAAUGGGCCUGAAAAACAAGAAAAAGAGGGAGUGAUCCAGAACUUCAAACGGACUCUAUCAAAGAAAGAAAAAAAAGAAAAGAAGAGGCGAGAGAAAGAGGCAAUGCGGCAAGCAUCAGAUAGAGAUGAUAGACCUUUUCAUGGAGAUGAUAUUGAGAAUUCUCGUCUUGCAGCAGAGGUGUACAAAGAUAUGCCGGAGACCAGCUUCACUCGGACAAUAUCCAAUCCUGAGGUAGUCAUGAAACGACGGCGACAACAGAAACUAGAGAAGAGAAUGCAGGAGUUCCGCAGCUCUGAUGGCCGGCCAGACUCAGGUGGAACCCUGAGGAUUUAUGCAGACAGUUUAAAACCAAAUAUACCAUAUAAGACCAUCCUGCUGUCCACUACAGAUACUGCAGACUUUGCAGUUAUUGAAGCACUGGAGAAGUACGGUCUGGAAAAGGAAAAUCCCAAGGAUUACUGUAUUGCUCGGGUUAUGCUUCCUCCUGGUGCUCAACACUCUGAUGAUAAAGGUGCUAAAGAAAUUAUCCUUGAUGAUGAUGAGUGCCCUCUUCAAAUAUUCAGGGAAUGGUCUAAUGAUAAAGGAAUACUAGUCUUUCAGUUGAAAAGACGGCCUUCUGACUAUAUCCCAAAGAAAACCAAGAAACAAACUGAUGGAAAGCCAUUAAAGGGGAAGGAAAGAGUUGAUGGGUCUGGCUAUGGCUCUUGCCUUCCUCCUGAGAAACUACCCUACCUAGUGGAAUUAAGCCCAGGGAGAAGGAAUCACUUUGCCUACUACAACUAUCACACUUACGAAGAUGGUUCUGACUCCAGAGAUAAGCCAAAACUCUAUCGUCUACAAUUAAGUGUCACUGAAGUUGGAACUGAAAAAUUUGAUGACAAUUCCAUCCAGUUGUUUGGUCCAGGAAUUCAGUCUCAUCACUGUGACCUCACCAAUAUGGAUGGAGUUGUUACUGUUACACCAAGAAGCAUUGAAGCUGAAACUUAUGUAGAAGGGCAGCGUAUUUCAGAGACCACCAUGCUGCAAAGUGGCAUGAAGGUUCAGUUUGGAUCAUCUCAUGUAUUUAAAUUUGUGGAUCCCAGUCAGGACCACAUUAUUCCUAAAAGAACUCUAGAUGCAGGUCUCAUGAUCAAAGGUCCAAGGCACAAAACUGGGGUUGUUCAGGAAACAACAUUUGAUCUGGAGGGAGAUGUUCACAGUGGAACAGCAUUACCAGUGAGCAAGAGCACCAACAGACUGGAUGGUGACAGAACUUCAUCAGCAUCCAGCACAGCUGAACGAGGAAUGGUGAAGCCAAUGAUUAGAGUGGAACAGCAGCAAGAUUAUCGCAGGCACGACGGCAGGCCUCAGGACACGGUUGGGCCAGAACUGAUAUUACCUGCAAGCAUCGAAUUCAAGGAAAGUUCUGAAGAUACCUUCUUAUCUGCCAUUAUUAAUUAUACCAACAGCUCGACGGUUCAUUUUAAAUUAUCACCUACUUACGUUUUGUACAUGACAUGUCGGUAUGUAUUGUCAAACCAGUACAGACCUGACAUCAGUCCUACUGAGCGUACUCACAAAGUCAUUGCAAUAGUCAACAAGAUGGUGAGCAUGAUGGAAGGAGUUAUACAGGAGGUAGACCAGGUUGAUCAGAAGCAGAAGAAUAUUGCUGGGGCACUUGCCUUUUGGAUGGCAAAUGCAUCUGAAUUGCUCAACUUCAUUAAGCAAGACCGUGACCUUAGCCGAAUUACUUUAGAUGCGCAAGAUGUUCUGGCACAUUUGGUUCAAAUGGCUUUCAAAUAUUUAGUUCACUGUCUUCAGUCAGAGCUUAACAAUUACAUGCCAGCAUUCCUUGAUGAUCCAGACGAAAAUAAUCCUCAGAGGCCUAAAAUAGAUGAUGUCUUGCAUACACUAACUGGAGCUAUGUCCCUGUUGCGACGAUGUAGAGUGAAUGCUGCACUGACUAUACAGCUCUUCUCCCAGCUCUUCCACUUUAUCAACAUGUGGCUUUUUAAUAGAUUGGUUACUGACCCAGAUUCAGGAUUGUGUUCGCAUUACUGGGGAGCCAUCAUCCGUCAGCAGUUGGGCCAUAUAGAGGCCUGGGCAGAAAAACAGGGCCUAGAGCUGGCUGCUGAUUGCCACCUAAGCAGGAUAGUGCAGGCAACUACAUUACUUACCAUGGAUAAAUACUCACAUGAUGACAUUCCAAAUAUUAACAGUACCUGCUUUAAGUUGAAUUCUCUACAACUACAAGCAUUAUUGCAGAAUUAUCACUGUGCUCCAGAUGAACCAUUUAUCCCAACAGAGUUGAUAGAGAACGUAGUGGCUGUUGCAGAAAAUACAGCUGACGAACUAGCUCGUAGUGAUGGCAGAGAAGUCCAGCUAGAAGAGGAUCCUGAUCUACAGCUGCCUUUUCUUUUGCCAGAAGAUGGCUAUUCAUGUGAUGUUGUCAGAAACAUUCCAAGUGGUUUACAAGAAUUUUUAGAUCCACUAUGCCAGAGAGGCUUUUGCAGGCUGACACCUCAUCCGCGUUCACCAGGCACUUGGACAAUGUAUUUUGAAGGUGCAGACUAUGAAAGUCACCUGUUACGCGAGAAUGCUGAGCUAGCUCAACCUUUGAGGAAAGAACCUGAAAUCAUCACAGUAACAUUAAAGAAACAAAAUGGAAUGGGCCUAAGCAUUGUUGCUGCUAAGGGUGCAGGUCAAGAUAAACUUGGAAUCUAUGUCAAGUCUGUGGUAAAAGGAGGCGCUGCAGAUGUGGAUGGUCGGCUAGCUGCAGGGGAUCAGUUGCUCAGCGUGGAUGGUCGAAGUUUAGUGGGUCUGUCCCAAGAAAGGGCAGCAGAGCUCAUGACAAGAACAGGUUCUGUAGUCACCCUAGAAGUAGCAAAACAAGGAGCAAUUUACCAUGGUCUGGCAACCCUGCUUAACCAGCCAUCCCCAAUGAUGCAAAGAGUUUCGGACCGCCGUGGCUCAGGUAAACCCCGACCAAAGAGUGAAGGUUUUGAGCUGUAUAAUAAUUCUGCUCAAAAUGGGUCACCUGAGAGCCCUCAACUGCCUUGGACAGAGUAUAAUGAACCAAAGAAGCUGUCAGGGGAUGACAGACUGAUGAAGAAUCGAGCUGAUCACCGCUCCAGUCCCAAUGUAGCAAAUCAGCCACCAAGCCCUGGAGGGAAGAAUGCUUAUGCUGCUGGAACGACCACCAAGAUAACUUCAGUCUCUACUGGAAAUCUUUGUACAGAGGAGCAGACACUGCCACCAAGACCUGAAGCUUAUCCUAUACCAACACAAACCUAUACCAGAGAAUAUUUCACAUUCCCAGCUUCAAAAUCCCAGGAUCGAAUGGGUCCCGCUCAGAAUCAGUGGCCAAGUUAUGAAGACAAACCACAGAUCCAGGCAGAGAGUAAUCACUCAAUUAGUGCUGCAAUUCAGCGUGCAGCUCAUUCCCAGGAAGAACUUCGAGAUGAUAAAGUUUUCCAACCAGAGAGGAAUCGUCUGGAGGUGGUUAUAAGAAAGGAUGUAGAGUACAUUGAUCGAAAGUCAGACAGUGAUCCAUGGAUGAAUUCGUCUGUGGAUUCCAGCACAUCCAGCCAAGAGCAUCUGAACCACUCCUCCAAAUCUAUUUCCCCUGGUUCUUGUUUAACCAAAAGCGGACCUGGCCGUUGGAAAACUCCAGCUAUCAACCAGCCAACACCAGUGGCAGUUUCCCAACCCAUCCGAACAGACCUUCCUCCCCCUCCCCCUCCUCCACCAGUGCACUAUGCAGCUGAUUUUGAUGGACUGCAAAUGGAUUUGCCUUUGCCUCUGCCUCCCCCUCCCCCUCCAAACCAGCUAGGAACACUAGCUGCUGCAGAACGUAAAAAAAGAGAGGAGCAUCAGCGGUGGUAUGAAAAGGAAAAAGCGCGUCUAGAGGAAGAGCGAGAGAGGAAGCGUCGUGAGCAGGAAAGGAAAUUGGGCCAGAUGCGUACUCAGCCACUAAUUCCUGCUCAGUCUAUGGUUUCUCCUGUUUCUGUGCAGCAGGUGAAACCAGAAAAGCCUUCAACACUGCAGAGGUCCCAGGACACUGUCAUUCGAGAGCUACAGCCUCAACAGCAGCCCCGAACCAUCGAACGAAGGGAUCUGCAGUACAUCACCAUCAGCAAAGAAGAACUGUCCUCCAGUGAUAGCUUGUCUCCUGAUCCCUGGAAACGGGAUGCUAAGGAGAAGCUAGAAAAGCAACAGCAGAUGCACAUUGUGGACAUGCUGAGUAAAGAGAUUCAGGAACUUCAAAACAAGCCUGAUCGUACAGCAGAAGAGAACGACCGCCUGCGCAAACUUAUGCUCGAGUGGCAGUUCCAGAAACGACUUCAAGAGUCAAAGCAAAAGGAUGAGGAUGAUGACGAGGAAGAAGAUGAUGAUGUGGAUACCAUGCUAAUUAUGCAACGGCUGGAGGCUGAAAAAAGAGCAAGGUUACAGGAUGAAGAGCGCAGACGGCAGCAACAGUUAGAAGAGAUGCGUAAACGAGAAGCAGAAGAUAGGGCCAGGCAAGAAGAAGAGCGCCGGCGCCAGGAGGAGGAGCGGACCAAGAGAGAGACUGAAGAAAAGAGGCGACAGGAGGAAGAGUAUUACAACCGUUUGGAAGCUGAAAGGCGUAGACAGCAUGAUGAGGCAGAACGAAGAUUACUGGAACCUGACGAGCCUGGUCUGUACAGACCUCCGCUUCCACGGGAAUAUGAGCUCCCACCCCCACCCCCUUCAUCUAAUGCUCCUCCUCCCCCACCUCAGCGAAACACCUCUUACCUCAAAACACAGGUCCUCUCCCCUGACACGGUUUAUACUGCCAAGUUUGUUGCAUACAAUGAUGAUGAGGAGGAGGAUUCCACUCUAGCAGGACCAAAUUCUUACACUGGAUCUACAGGAGCAAUUGUUGGAGCCCAUGAAGUUUAUCGGGAUCCAAGAGAGAAAAGAUCUAAAAGUCAAGAUACAGAUUUACCUGGAGCACCAGAGAACUUGACAUUCAGAGAGCGCCAACGACUUUUUUCCCAGGGCCAGGAUGUAUCCAAUAAAGUAAAGGCUUCUAGGAAAUUAAUGGAACUGGAAAAUGAGUUGAACACAAAAUAAGAUCAAAGCACCUUAUCAAAUGUUACUGAAAGAUCUCUAAAAUAAGGGAAUGGGAUGGGGCUGUUCAAGAUGAGAGUGUAUUGUCUGCGAAGAGUGAGUUUGAUUCCUCUGUAUCCAAGACUGUUAAUUGAGAUUUAGAGAUUUUGCAAUAGCAAGAAUACUGAUUACUUUACCAAGAGCUUGUGGUUUAUACAAUUAAAGCACUGUAAAAUUUUAAUUAUAUGAAUCACGUGAAGGUCACUUUUUUCUUUUGUUUUGGGGGUUAACUUUUUCUGCAAUAGACCAAGUAGCACUUGUCAAAGAUAAGUUCUGUUUCCUGGUCUUUUACAGACAUACUUUGUUUUAGCUGCUGAGCAGAGAGUGAGAAUAGUUUGAACUGCCUAAAUUAAUCUGUGCACUAGCUGUUGAUAUCUAUAGGUUGUUUGACACAGAAGCCAAUCUCUGGGCUGUUUUACAAAGGUCUAAUUUAUAUAUACAAGUUUGAUAUACUGUAUGCUGUUCAUACAGACUAUAGGCAUAUCAGUACAAACCUCUUAUCAUUACCUAGCAUUAGAGUAACAGGAUAAAGUCUUUGAGUGAAACAGUUUUAAUCCUAUAGGUGUUUUGUUUGGGUCUAAAAUGGAUGCAUAACAGAAACUGUUUAAUCCAUAACCAUGGAAAAGCAUAUACAUACAUACAUCCCUCUUGUAAAUGAAGUGUCUGGUUUACAAACCUCCUUUUAUAAAAAAAACAAGAACAAAAUGUGGAGACAUUUUAGGGUUUUGUUUUGUUUAACACUGUAUUGAAAUAACAGAAUAUAACAAGCAAUAGAUAAUAGGCUACCUUAGUGGCCCUAUCAUAGCUAAGACCAAAAUGUUAAAUGUUCAAGAUGGAGGUAAUGAUUCUGGGUCCAAAGCUAGCAGAACUAAGGCAUGCAUUUGCCAAGGAGGUAGAAUAGAGAGUAUUAAGCAACAAGCCACAGAGCAUCAUUGAUGGAGUUUGUUAUAGCAGCUGAGCUACAUACUACUUUUAGAGAAGAAAAAUGGCAUAGCAUACAGUCGGACUGAUGUUUGAAACAUCAAACAUGAUGUUGCUGGCUGCGAAUAUGAAUUUGUCAGUGAGAUGGCUUGACUUAUUAUCCUGACAGCACACCACCAUUAUUAAUAUUGAGAAAGUCGUGCUAGUCAAGCUGUCCUUCGUGUAUCUGGUUUUACUUGCAUCCUCUUAUAUUGUUAUAUACUGUAGAGAAUCUUCUCAGCAGUUCAAGCUAUUUUUACACAUUAUAAUAGCCUUAUUUAAUUUUAAAUUGUUGAAUUCUUUUUGUUCCUCCCACUGUUGUUUCUUCAGCUAUGCAUAUAUGGCUGAUGUUGGGGAUAAGGACCUCAUCAGAGUUUGUUUCUCUUUGUGUGAUGUUAAGACAAAAUAUAUUAUUGUGAUUCCAAACAAAUUUUCUAUUUGCAAAGCCCUAAAUUGGGCUUUAGAUGAUUUUUCUGUAUCAUAUUGUUCUCUUAUAAAUAUAUAUUUAGGGACUUGUGCACACUUCCAAAUACAGAGGGGUAGACUUUCACUGCCUUAGAAAAGAAAUCACUUUUAAUAAGAGUUGUAUGAUAAAUAAAUGCAAGUUAAUGAAAAUUGGAGUGUAAAUAUUUGUUUUUUACAUAUUUCAGGUUUCUUAUUUGAAAGUGUGCUUUUACCGUUUCACCUGUUAAAUAUGAAGUAGGAGAUUAAACCGAUUCAAAGUGUUAAUGAAGGAUUUGCAUGCUUGCUGUGUCUGUAAUCAGGAAAAGCAAGCCUCUCCCAAUUUAUCUUGAGAACACUAGCAGCCUUACAGUGACAAAUACUCUUUUCUUAAGAAAAAAAAAUUUAUGCUGUGGCUGGAAUACUGUUGCUGCUAGAAUCUGAAAAGGCUUCGCAAAAAAAUACAUAUAAACCUUCAGUUGAGUGGAUUUGGCCGCUAUUGGGCAUUCGGGUCAAGUGUGAAUAUGUGUAAAAGUGCUUUUCAUAUUUGUCUGUGCAUUAUUAUGGAAAAACAUGAAAACUGCUGUAGUUUCCCAUUUCUACUGUAUUUCACUUGCAACCUAUUUUUAAUAAACUUUGUAUUGUAUUUAA